CAGAGAGCAUGGCACAAUUACUGGACAAUGAUUGGUUCCUGAAAAAUGUGAGAGCACGUUCAAGAUCACGUGCCACCUCGCCCAAUGGGCGCAGAUCUUGGCAGAACAUUUCCAUAACAGAUUUCGAAGAGGACAAUGGAUUAUUGGUGACUAAUAUCAACCAGACGUCAGACUUACUGAGACUUAAUAAUACAGUGGUGCUGUUUGCUGGCUUAAAGGCCACGGACGGCUGGAUUCAGGUCCAUGGCUUAGAAAACGGGCAUCUCACCUUAGACGACCUCAGCAAGAAAGGCACCGUGGUGCUAAAUGCCAGUGAUGCGACGGAACAUAUUGAAUUUACGAAGGAGGCCGUUAGCGAUUUUGAAUCUGAGUUGCGUGAGGCUAUUGAUCUAUAUGACAAACGGAUUCAAUGGCUAUUGCAGGACAGCAGAAAGAUGUUUGGUAUUAUUCAAGGCAACAACAUCGGAGUUCUGGUGGAUGCAUCGGAUAUAAGUUGUGGACCAAGACUACGCGAUUUCCAAAAAGAUCUUCUGUCAUUAAUAGAUAAGCAGCUCUGUUAUAUGAAGAAAUUAUACUUCGUUUCAUUUGGGACCGAGGUUUCAUGUCUUUGGGAGAGGCCACAAGAGAUCAGUGUCAAUGUUUUACAUGAAGCCAGGCAGUGGGUGCAAGGACUGAAGCCCAAUGGAGGCUGCAAUUUGCUGAAAGCUUUGAAGAAAACCCUUGUACUAAAAGGGCUCGAUUCGAUGGUGAUUAUUGUAGGAAGCUGCCCGGAUCAGUCUUCGGAAAUCUUGUCUGAUUAUAUCCAGCAAUGUACAGCAGGGAGAAAUCUGCUGGUCCACACAGUCACGUACGAUUGUAGCAGUCAAGUGCCUCCUGCUGUUCUAAAGAGCAUGGCCGAAGAGGUGGGAGGGCGUUACCAUUGUUAUUCGACAAAGAGUGAGAAUUGUGACAGCAGCGAUAUCCAACUGGUCCUCCGUGAACGGCAAAAAGCCGCUGACCUGCUCAGUGUCAUCAAUGAAAUCUACCAGGGCAAGAUGGGUGACUUCCUUUUUAAUUUGAUAAAAGAGGGCUCCAUGGAGUGUUUGCAGCUUCCCCCUGACAGUUGCCUGCCAAAGCCGCCGAAGCACGAAAGCCUUCUCGCGAUACGAAUCCCGAACCUUUUGGCCAAGACCUCGGCCGAAUGGUUAAAAACGAACGGGCUGAGAGCCAAGAAAUUAAGCCUUUAUCAAGUUUUGGCACCAAAUGCUUUUUCCCCCGUGGAGGAAUUUGUGCCUGUUCUUCGGAAAACGGUAUCGGCCACCUUGCAUGAGAAAGCAAUGAUGCAGUUUGAAUGGCAUGACGGGUCUGUUAAGAACGUUCACGUCGACCCACCAGUACUGUAUGACUACCAGAAGCAGCUUGGCAGAAUGAUGAGGAUGUAUGAGAGGCGCAUUGAUUGGCUCUCCAGUGCUAGCAGAAGAAUUUGGGGCACUGUUUGUGAAAGGAGGGUCGUUAUACUUAUCGAUGUCUCCAAAGCCAAUUCCAUGUACCUCGUUCAUAUCCAACAUUCCCUGCGACUUCUACUAGAGGAGCAGAUGUCGAGCAAGGAUUUCUUCAAUCUCAUAGCCUUUGGAAGUGAUGUUAAGGCCUGGCAGCCCGAAAUGGUUCCUCCACACCCAGACCAUUUACAAAGUGCCUGGGGGUGGGUCCUGACCCUGAAGUGUGAAGGCACUAGGAACGUCAUGAAUGCUCUCAGAAGAGCCGUAGAAGUGGACCUGAAAGAUAAAGACAAACACGAAUCUCAGAGUCUUUACCUACUUACUACCGGAGUUCCUGACCAAGAGAUGCACGCAAUAAGGUCCUACAUGGCCGAGGUCUGUGGAGGAUGCGACUUGCAGCUACACAUCUGCCUGUUCAGCAUCGGUGCUUUCCCGCUCAAUGACAUCGUUCCGCCCCGCUACGCGAGUCCGAAUGAAACCGCAGACACUUUCAAAGACGUCGCGCGGGCCGCUGCGGGCCGCUUCCAUUGGUUCGGAGAAACAGGCAUUUAUGAAAGUGAUGACAUCAGCAUUAUCCUAUCUGAAAUGGAAAAAGCUGUCAACUAUUCCCGCAAGUGUGCCUUGCUAGUGGAAUCCUUAAGGCAACGAUCAGGAGGUCAACUGGCCAAUCAAUUGAUUCUUGAAGAAGACGUAACAUCGGUAGAGAAACAGAAGAAGAGCAGACUGCAAAAAGUACCGCCUCCAAAGCCAACGGCCCUCACUCUUGCCAGAAUGAAUUUAAGAGACCAUCACGACGGGGACAGAACAGGCACCGCGAAAGUCCUCCUGUGGCGUCCACCGAGUGCCAAAGCCGAAAUACCACCAGUACAGUCAAUAUGGGAGAUUUUUCCAUCAAGAAAGAAAGCCAACGUAAAGCCAAAGAAACGUCCGGAGGUUUCACAUUCAUUAUUUUAUACAGAUAAAGGAAAAAACAUAGGUACGGUUUAUAAAAAAUAUUCAAACCCCAAGUGUGUGAGGAAGUCGAUUCCUUUGGUCGUUUUGCCUCACGAAGAAGAAAUAUGCUCCAGCAAAGAGUGGCUGAGCAAAUUCAGCAUAAAGAAAUUGAAGUUAGAGUUACCCAGUCUUAUCUUUGGACCUGAGUGCACGCAUCAGAGGCACAUGGUAGAAUCUUUGGGCAAGAAAGUGUCGGCCAAGUACUGUGACAUCUUCCCUAGCGUAGAAAUGCAGGGCAUUGUGAAACACCUGCACAUUCAGCCCAAAGAUCUGGACGAGUAUAUCGAGCAAACGGAGCGUGUGCUGCGGCGUUACGUUCAAAGACUGCAGUGGCUCCUUUCAGGAAGCCGACGGUUCUUCGGUGUCAUUUUGGAAGCUAAGGUUUGCAUCCUAGUUGAUACAUCUGGGUCCAUGGACCGUUCUUUAGAACAAGUCGCCAAAGAGCUGACCUCCCUGAUCUGGGACCAGCUGAGGAAGAAUAAUACCAAGUUCAGCCUGAUCAGCUUUGCAGAAGGUGUUGAUGUGUGGCAAGAAUGCCUUGUGGAGGCCACCAACGAAGCGUGCCAUGAUGCCGCACAGUGGUUGUCCAUGUUUCGAGCUCAUGGGAACACAUCCAUCCUCAAGGCUUUACAGAGAGCUUUCAGUCUUCAAGAUGUAGAAGCUCUGUAUGUUCUGACUGAUGGAAAACCAGACACCAGCUGCAAUUUGGUUCUCAAAGAAAUCGAAAUGCUUUUGAGGAAGCGAACAAUAAAAAUCCACACUAUUUCAUUUAAUUGCUCAGACAGCGGAGCAAAUGACUUUCUCAAGAAACUGGCCUUCCAGACCGGUGGACGCUACCAUCGGUGUCACGGGGAUUUGGACGGACAGCUGGCAGCGCACCGGCUCCUAUCAGAAGGUUUUAAAGAUGAAGACGAUCCAGUUUUCCCUUUGUUUGAAGGAGACGACCUAAAGAAACUUGCUGAAGAAGUAGCGAAAGCUAGGAGCUAUUUAAUGCAGGCCAAGUUCUUUAGAUCGCUAUUACAAAAAAAAUCGAAUCAAAAAGACCAUUCCUCCUAAUACAUCUGCCUCCAGGUUGUGAAAGGCUGAUCUGCUGCUACCCUGGAUGGAGUUUGGUAACACACAAUCUGGUGGAUCACUGAGAACCC